AUGGAGGAAGGUAACAAUACGCUGGCACCGCCAGUUGUCUCACAACUGCGCGCGGAAGGAGGCGAUCCCAUGGCACGAUCUCUCAGCGCCGAUAUUCGCGAGGAGAGGGAGGAUCUUCGAGAGGCCGCUGAGCAGACUCUCAAUGUUAUUAUGGACCUCAGCUUCGAUGGAACUAUCAGAUGGGUCAGCCCUUCGUGGACCGAUGUUAUAGGCACGGCGCCGGAAUCCUGCCUAGGAAAGCCAAUCAAGGACCUUCUGAUCGGAGAGGACAAGGACAUAUUUGCAGAGGCGGUAGAAUCAAUGAAGAAGGAUGACUCUCGUAGUCAAAUCAUCCAUUUUGCGGUUCAAUUAGGGCCUGCCUCGAAAUUGGCACCUCUCGACGUGCCGAACCAAUCUGAGGGCCACGUGGAAACAGAAUCUGUACCAGCUACACUUGAUCUUGAGGGACAAGGUAUCAUGAUCUACGAUCGUUCAUCUGGAGGAGAAAGUCACACUAUGUGGAUGAUUCGACCUUGGAUCGCUCCCCGGGAGAUCCAAAUCGACCUACCAGCUAUGAUCGUUGAUGCACUCGGCUCUGGUGCAGAGGUUUUGGCGAGCUAUCUCACAACUUUGGCUGAAGUUGGUAUGGAAGAUCCAGCGCACCAUGCUCCACCGCUGCCAGUCCUCUGCCGUAUUUGCGAACGUCAGAUUCCGCCAUGGUGGUUCGAAAAGCACACUGAACUGUGUCUCCAGGAGCACAAGGCUGAAAUGGAAGUUCAGAUGUGUCAAGAAAACCUCACUGAGCAUCGUCACGCAAUUGUCAAAGUCCUAGAUGCUCUUGAAGCUCGCAGCAGCAGAUCAAUCUCCGGAGAACAGUUGGCACCGCCCCAAGCCGAGUACAAAGGGAUGCCAAUUGGACCAAGUUCAUUAUCGCCAUCCUCAUCUUCCGGAACUGCUUCUCCAAGCACAUCUUCUAGCUCGAGGGAGAGGUCUACUUCUAGUUUUGGGCAUGCUCGCGCACGGUCGUUUGCUAUUCGUCGACCGCAAGCACGAAUCGUUGAGUUAUUACUCGAUCUUUGUGAUACUGCAUUGGAGAUUAGCACCCCAGCCAUCAAGGAGGCAUCUUCGCAAGCUCCCGGCGAGUUUCGAACCCAGUCACCUCAAUCAGAAUCCAGGAUCUCACAAGUUAUUCAUUGGCAAUCGCCGAGCACAAACACUUUGGAUCAAGAACAAGGGCUGGCGUUAUUAUGUGCAGACAGUGAGACAGUCGCUAAGACGAAAGUUGAGGCUGUCCUUCGCCAUCGCCGAAUCAUCGAAUACUCAGAGCGUAUUCGCGUGGAGUUCUCUGUAAUCGUACAAGAUUGUAUUGAUGAAGCGAUGAGAAAGGCUGCCCGGAUCGCUGCCGGCCACCUGACAGAGUCGUCCGACGAAGGAGAUGAGACAACUCCGGCGCAAGACGAUGGGUUCUUUACAGGUUCUUUCGAUGGCCCAUCGACAUUAGCGAUUGCUUUACGAGAAGCCCAGCUGAAACAAGAGCAUGAAGCAGCCAGAACAUCCUCGCCUGCGAUUUCAACCAGAUCUAGCAGUCCGAAGGAGUGCCCAACACCAAGAUCUCACACAGGUCACAUGAGCUUUCUGUCUCAAUCGCAGGACUCUCGACGACAGUCAUUAUUCUUCGAGAGCGAUGCCGGCGACAGCGAUGGGAGUAUCAGGUCUUCCUCUGCAAUGUCACGACCUGGCCGAACAGAAUCCCCGGUCUCCGAGUUUGGUGGAGACCUUCGCCGUGCCGCCAGUUCACGCCAACAUAGACGAAGCGUCAUACUUCCUGGCUCCACAUCACCUCGAAGACAGGAAUCACCUAUUCGUAUGCCACAACCGUCGUCCCCUUUGCGGAUUACAAAGCCUAGGGUUCUCCCUGUAGCUCACGAAGGCAUUAUCUCUCCUACUUCAUCACCAAUGCUUCCUGGCACCGAAUUUAGCUCGCCUGCUCUCAUACCUCAUCAUCACCGGCGCAAAUCUUCAGCAACCGGAUCGGAUCCCAAUCGCCCACCACCAUCUCCUCGUCUGACCUCCGUCAGCGCACCUCAAGCACGUGCAGUCCCACCAUCUAUCAAAGAUUUCGAAAUCAUCAAGCCGAUAAGCAAAGGCGCGUUCGGAAGUGUCUACUUAUCUAAGAAGAAAUCUACUGGCGAUUAUUACGCUAUCAAAGUUUUGAAGAAAGCAGACAUGGUUGCCAAGAACCAGGUCACCAACGUCAAAGCAGAGAGAGCGAUCAUGAUGUGGCAAGGCGAGAGCGACUUUGUUGCAAAGCUUUAUUGGACUUUCUCCAGCAAGGACUAUCUUUAUCUGGUUAUGGAGUAUCUUAACGGAGGAGAUUGUGCCUCUCUGAUCAAAGUUCUAGGUGGUCUUCCUGAAGAUUGGGCAAAGAAAUAUCUCGGGGAGGUCAUUUUAGGAGUGGAACAUCUUCACAAUCGUGGGAUCAUACACCGAGACUUGAAGCCAGAUAAUCUCCUAAUCGAUCAGAAAGGCCAUCUGAAAUUAACUGAUUUUGGUCUAUCAAGGAUGGGUUUGAUUGGGCGUCAAAAGCGGGUUCUUAACAGCUCGACAAAUGACUCUGCCCCAGAUCUGCUCAAGCAAGGUCCAUUUGUGCGAGCGGGCUCCGUUAGUUCUUCGCGCUCUACUUCGUUCGACUUCCAGGGUCAUAACUCUCCAGGGUCAACACCUCAGAUGACUCCCGAUCUCUCUGGUAGCUUGACAACACCAUCAUACUUCAGCCUUAGUAGAGACAACAACCACAGGGAUUCCCGGCGUACCUCAGGCAGAAGUGAUAGCGGCAACAGUGAUACAUUGAAUCAGCUGUUUAGCAGCUUUACCUUGAAUGAACCUGUUGGGCAGCAAAUGCUCAAUAACAGAUCUCCAAUUGAAGAGGCGGGCGAGGCUGAAAACAAUGGCAAUGGCACUGGCUCUCCUGAUUUAUUAUCUCUUCAUCCAAUACCUAGCCAGUCGAGCUCAGAGCAGAAAAACACACCACCACAACCCAGUAUGAUGCCGCCUCCAAUGGCUCUUUUUGACCCGGAUGAUACAAAUCGUCGAUUUGUAGGCACACCCGACUACUUAUCACCCGAGACUGUGAAGGGCGAGGGUCAGGAUGAACGAAGUGAUUGGUGGUCCGUUGGAUGCAUACUGUUCGAAUUCCUCUAUGGCUAUCCCCCAUUUCAUGCAGAAACCCCGGACCAGGUUUUCGAGAACAUCCUUGCCCGCAAGAUCUCGUGGCCCGAUGACGCAGAUUUCGAAGUAUCCCCUGAAGCUAAGGAUCUCAUGAACAAACUACUUUCGAUAGAUCCGAGUCAACGCUUAGGAGCCAACGCUGGUGAUAAAUUCGCUAAUGGUGGGGAGGAAAUUAGAAUGCACCCGUGGUUCGAAGGUACAAACUGGGAUCGCCUGCUGGAAGAUGAAGCACAGUUUGUUCCUGCUCCAGAAAAUCCCGAAGAUACGGAGUAUUUCGAUGCCCGUGGUGCAACCUUACAGUCCUUUGCGGAAGAGAUGGAGGACCAGACAUCGCCUCAGAUUUCCACACCGGGAGCAGAUUACCCCGAGAGGCCACACGAUGCUCUAUCGCGUGUGAAAUCGCAGGUGAAUUCAAUCAAGAGAGGUUUGAUGCCGCUACAUAUACCGCCCCAUGUACGGGACAUGAAGAGUCGCAGACUCAGCGAGCCAGUUGUAGCCGAUGACUUUGGAAAUUUUGCGUUCAAAAACCUUCCUGUGUUAGAGAAGGCAAAUAAGGAUGUCAUUCAAAAACUCCGAGCCGAAGCCAUGGCCGCUCAAGCCAAACAAACCAUAGUCAGUCCAAGUGCGAACACUGCCACUUCUCCAGCACCAGUUUUGGAGGGAAGCCCUAUUCUUCCAAUGCCCAUACAGCGGACAUUAUCGAAUGCGAAGGCCACCAAUCGCCCUGCGUCUCCAUCGGGGCUAAGCCAGGCCAACUCAUCACCAAGUAGGGCCUCUCAACCGUCCUCGCCUUUGCUUGUUUCAUUUGUUGCUGGUCAGAAUGGAGAUGGACGGCGCAAGACAUCCAGCAAUUCCUCGAGUCUUUCGCAUCAAUCUGGCAGUUCUCUUGUGCCUGGAAAUUUCUUCGAAGUACCUCGAAUGACUGCUACUCUUCAAAAGUCCGCUAGCUCCGCUGCAGCUUCCCCGAUCAAGAGUCGUGGGGGAGGGCCUUCAGCGCUUGCUAUUUCCCCUCAAAAGAUGUCAACUCCAAGACAGACGAGCAAUCCCUCUAAUCGAUCUCGAUCCCAGACUGUUGGGUCACAGGAGGGAAGUCCAAUAAUAGGUGAUCUGUUCUCACACCGCAAACGACGUAGUCAGGUUUUCGACAUGUCACCAUCAUCCUCAGAUAAUGAGGGUGAGAAGGCUAGCGCUUUACUUCGUGUUCAACGCCGCCGCCAGAGCUCUCGCCGGUUGUCACAAAUAAACAUGGGUGAUGGACCACUUUUCCGUCCCCUCGAUGUGCUUAUUUGCGAGGACCACCCAGUCUCGCGGAUGGUCAUGGAGAAAUUGCUUGAAAAGUUACGGUGUCGUACCAUCACUGCGUCCAAUGGGGCCGAGGCAAUGCGUUAUGCUAUGAGUGAAAUCAAGUUCGAUAUAAUUAUGAUGGAGUUCAAACUACCGCAGAUCAAUGGCGCGGAUGUUGCUCGCAUGAUUCGAGAUACGAAGAAUGCCAACUCUCAGACUCCUAUCGUUGCCGUUACCGGCUAUCUCAAAGAGCUACAAGCACCUCAUCAUUUUGAUGCUCUCAUUGAGAAACCGCCUACAACAUCCAAGCUGACGGAAGUGAUAUGUCGGCUUUGUCAGUGGAAAGCUCCUGGACUAGACCAACCUACUUCAAGCCCCUUGGGAUACCUCCAACCAUCGGGUCUCCGACAGGAGAGCCUGAGACUCGAGGACAGCCCUACAACUAGCUCUUCAGGAUUUGCUCAGAUGCCUGGCAGCAGUUUCAGGGCAUCUAGCCGAGAGGAUUCUAUAAGUUCCAGUCUUUUUGGUGACUCGGAAUCCUUCAUAAAUGAGGACGUUCCUGUAGUCAUCAACCAAAGACCCGCAGGAGAAUGGGAUGAGGCAUCAGGUCUUGGUAUCAGCCCUAACGAGGAAGCAAUUCUAGAUCCGGAUCUUCCAAAAUUGCCAGCACACCUUUUGCACGAACACUCUGCUCCGGGUCGCAUGGAACACAAGACUCCGUUGCGACAACAAUCCACUGACAAGAUUCGAGCCAAGAGGGAGUCGAUGGAGAAGCAUCGCCACGAGUGUAUAGAGUCUGGAGAUGAUGAAGACGAAGAACUUGGCGAUGCAAACGUUCGGGAAAAGAGCCCACGACUCACGAAGUCGACCCAUCGCGGUUCAAAGCUUGGUAUUGAAAUGAUGCGAACCAAUAGCCGUGGUAGCGUUGUCUCAGGAUCUGAUUUACCCAGCACUGAUCCAGUGGAACCACCACCCACCGUUUCCGAAGAGAUACCACCCGCAUCUCAGAUCUCGGGCGCCAGCUUAACACCUCCUGAAAUCUUUACUACACCUGGUGGAAAAGUCAGCGGGAUUGAUCCAGACCAGACUCCUAAACCCUCACAAAACCAACCCCAUACCACAGACGAAGAACCAACUCCUCGGGCACCAUCAGCUGCUUCAAACAAAUCAGACUAUAUUGCUAUCCGCAAAAGUUGUGAACGAUGA